AUUUUUUGGCGCUAUAAUCAAAAUUUAUUAUUAUCUAUUUUUAUUACAUUCCGACAAGUGACGACAACAGAAAAAUUAGUUUUAUCUUAUUUAUUGCAAGUUGGAUUAUCACGUGGUUUGAGUAAACAAAUCAGUCGAGUGAUUGCAUGUCAUUUCUCGUUACGCUUCCCAUUGUUUACGUGCUAACAUGAAUAAUCAUUAUACUACUCCAUCUACUUAUACUGAAGGUACAGAAGAUCUAAAUGAAUCUAAGUAUGAAAUGAAAGAACUUAUGUUUAAGCUACUAGUUGUAGGUGAUUAUGGUGUUGGUAAAACCGCCGUUAUUAGACGUUAUACUGAAGGCACAUUUACUCAAAAUUAUAAAAUAACUAUUGGUGUGGAUUUUGCUAUCAAGGGAUUGCAGUGGGAUGAAAAAACUAUAGUUACUCUUCAAUUAUGGGACAUAGCUGGCCAUGAGCGAUUUGGAUAUAUGACAGGAACCUAUUAUAGGCAUUCGCAAGCAGCUAUAAUAGUUUUUGAUUUAAUUAGAUUAGCCACAUUGGAUUCAGUGAUAAAAUGGCAUGAUGAUAUAAAAGAAAAAGUUGCUACUCCUAAUGGAAAACCUUUACCAGUAAUACUUCUUGCUAAUAAAUGUGAUAUUCCUGGUGUUACUAUCCCUACUGAUUAUCUGACUCAAUUCUGCAAAAAGAAUAAUAUUCUAGCUUGGUUUUUUACUUCUGCAAAAGAAAAUAUUAAUGUUGGUGAGGCUAUCAAAUAUUUGGUAGAAAAAAUCAUUCAUAUGCAAGAAGAUGAUUAUGAAAUAGAAACAAUUCCAAAUGAUUCCUUCCGUCUUUCAUCUAAUAAAAAAAUUGUCCAGAAAAAAAAGGUAAAAUGUUGUUGAGGAGCAAUGUAUGUAAAGAGAAAUCUGAUGUUUUUGCUCGAUUGAGAUCUGUUUAACGCAACAAAGGCGUCCUCCUGUUCCUGUAUCCUUUAAAGGUCAUUUUUACGAAUGCUGACAGAAGGUAUAAUACAAUAUUGUUGCUGUAUGAUGAAUUUUUUCCAAAGAUAUUUAAUGUAAUUAAUGAACAAAAGAUUGUACUCAUCUUUAUAAACCUACAUUACUUCUAAUUUAUUUCAUUAUAUUCAUAUCAUUUUUUUUUUAUUCAGUUCUGAUCUUGGUAUCAAUAUCAAACUUAUGUUAGCCAAAUGUAUUUAGGUUUGUUUGGACAAUUUAUUUUAAUGAAAGUGUGAUUUUUUUUUUUUUACACAAGUGUAUAUAUAGAUUUCCAGUGCUUAUUUACAUUUUAAUUUUUUUUCUAUCCAUAUUUCUCAUUCCAUUUUUUAUUGUUUUAUUUUUAUCAAACAAGAGUGUUUGAUCUUAAAAUUAUAUUCAUUGAUCUAGUUUUCUUCUUGAACGGUUGUUUUAACUAUACUACAGUUUGCACAAAAGCUAAAGAUGUAUAUUGUGCAUUUAUCAAAACUAAUAUUAGUGUUAGGAAUAUUUUAUGUAUGUCUAGCAAUACAUUUUUCCUAAAUAAAUUAAUGCAAUAAGGUACUUAAGAAAUUGUAAACAAUGAAACACUUUACGUAGUGAUCAUACUACUCACAAGGUUUAUUUAGUUUUUAGUUUGCUAACAGUGCUAAAAAAUAUCUAACAAUGCACCUGCAUAUUGAACUUGGAGGUAAAUUAUUAUUUUUUUAUUUCAAAUAUUUUCUAAAUAGUUCAAGUUAUUACAAUCAAUACUAUAAAAUUUAAUUUUACUGUUUAGGCUGAAAAAUGAAAACUUUUUUGGGCUGUUAAGAAAUUCACAGAUGUGUGUACCAUAACUGUGAAUCACUGUAAUGCGUUUAGCGUUCGAUGCCUUAUAGAAAUUGGAAAAAACUUUUAUUUCUGUGAUAUGGACAAUAAACGUCUUUUUUUUCUGUGAUAAUUGCCUGCCGACGUGUACAUCACAUCAUUCGCGGUUUUGUGACAAAGGGUAUUUGUUAUGCAUGCCACUUCUUUCCAGCCCAAAUGGUUAAUCUUCCAGAAAACUUUUUUUUAGUGAAAGUGAAGGUAUAUACAUAUAUUGUACAAAAGUGUGGAAAAGUAUUUAUGAAAGACAAUAAUUUAAAGUUAGAAUAAGUCUAUAGUAAUUGAAAAACUUUAUUUAUAUAAAUUUUUAGUUAUGAAUAUUUUUGUAUACCAAAGAUUUUUAUAUAAAUAGUUUCAUAGUUUACUUUUUUUCUUUGCACUGUGUGACUAGAUACUGUUUCUUCUCUUAUUAUUUUAAAGUACAAUUACAUCUAAGUUAAUAUUUAUAAUAGCUUAACUAUAUUAAACUUUGAAAAAGUUUGCGACCUUUCAAGAUAUAUAUUUAUUAAAGAAAGCUUUGUCUUUUGAAAACAUAAUGAAAUGAUUAUUUAUAUAUAUAUAAAGUUCAGGUGGGUCUUGCAUGCAAAAAUUAUCCCUCUUUCUGAACAUUUUAGAUAACUGUAGUUCUUAAGAAAAAUAAGAUAACUUAAAAUUGUUUAUAAUUAAGUUGUAACAUUUGGUACACUUGUUACAAAUAUUUUAAUUUGCUAAACCAUUUAACAUGUACAGUGUUCAAAACAUACCAACCCUGAUAACUUUUAACCUAAUAAUCAACAAAUCUUAAUGGUUCAAAGGGGUGAUCUCAAAUUAAUUAGUGCAAACAUUAUUUUAAUUUACGAAAUCCGACUUAAAAACGUACUUUCACUGAAUAAACAUACCUUUUUUUUUUAUGGAUUCGGAUUUAUUGGCCCCCAAAAGCAGCUGCAAUCUGGGAAGUAUGGUUCCCAUAGUUUGGACCCCUUAAUGUUAAUUUUAUAUUUUGCCAUAUCUCGAGAACCUUUUAAGUAAAUUGAAAAAUUAUAAAAUUCACUUAUUUUAAAAUAAUUCCCUGCAAAAAAUAGUUGGGAAGUAUUAAUUCUUUUUUUAUACAUUAUUUGAUAUUAUUAAUAGUUGAAAAUUUUUUAAUUCGAUUUCUCAGAAACUAUUUGACUGCUUUUGUUCAAAUUUUAUAAUGUAAAAUUGCAUUCUUUAAAAAUCAUGUAAAAAAUUUUAUACCUUACAAUUAGAAAUAUUUUCGAUUUGCUAAAAAGCCUCGAGGUAUGGUGAAAUAUGCAAAAAGUAAAAUUAACAUUAAGGGGCCAAAUUUUGGAAAACUCUCCUGACCAAACGUUUAGAAUGAUUUAUAUUUCCCAGAUUGUGGCUACCCACUCUGUUUUGUGCUUAGAAAUCCGAAUUCGUCAAAAGAAUGGCAUAUUUAUUCAGAGAGAGUACAUUUUUGAGUUAGAUUAUAAUUUGCAUAUUGCUCCUUUUGAGCCAUUAAUAUUGAGUCUUAAAACAUUCAAGAUCUGAUCAUCAGAUCAAAAGUUGCACGCUGUACAUCUGUUACGGCUCACGAGUUCCAAAAUAAAAUUGCUAUAAAUAAAGAAAUUUCAAACUUUAACUUGUCAGUUUCCUUAUUUUUUCUACAAAUUAGAUAUAAUUGCCAGUUUAUGCACUUUAACUAAUAAUAUUGUUAUUCUAUAUAUUUUUAGUUCAUGAUUUCCAUGUAUAGCAACUAGUGAAGGGAAUGAGUAGUUAAAUAUUACCUUAUCUUAAAUUAUAAAUAACUUUUUCAGGUUGUAUUAUACAUAUCCAUUGCUCAUUUUUUUCUUUUGUUAACAGGACCAAUUGUAUUCGAUUUUAAUUUUUACUGCCAUUUCAAGACAGUGUUGAAUAUGAAGUACAAUGCCUUGAGGUUUUAAUCUUUGGCAUGGUUGUGAUUUUAAAAAUGUUUCUUUUUUCUGUGUUUUUAAACAUAUUUGUUGUUUUGUGAUUUUAAUUGUUAUACAUUCCAAACUUUUAUUUAUUUGAUUGUAUUGUGUAUUAAAAAUAUUAGUUUUUAUCGAUGACAUGAUUAAUAGAACUGCUAAAAAUUUUACAAGAAUAGUACUUUUCAUCAUGAAGCAGUAGAAUAGACUUCAAAUUUUUGCUCACUUCUGAUAAAUAAUUUGUGUAAUGAGUAAUAUUGACUGUUUUGAAGUCUUAAAUCAUGUGGACAUAAUUCUUUAUUCUGAGAGAAAAAAAUUUUAAUUUUAACGUUCUGAAAUAUUGAUAGAUUUCUUUUAGAUUUUGUUGUUUAAAAUUAAAAGUUAGUAUAAGUAUUUUUAUAUCCUUGUUAAAAUUUAAUUUUUUCCUCAGUAUAUAUAUCCAUAUGCAAGCAAUUUUUGAUUAGAAUAAGUGGUUCAUUGUAGUUUUAAAUUUAUCUAUUAAGAUAGUGCUACUGUUUAAAGUAUUGGACUUGACUUUUCCACGUUUUAUGUAAUAAUUGAUAAAGCUUGCAAAUUAUAAACAUAAUUAUGAGGUACUUAUUUUUAAAAGCUCUUGAGAUAAAUGUGCUUAUGUUCCAAAGACAUAAAAAUUAAUUCCAAUAUAAUAAUAAUAUAAUUAUACUCAGAACUAAUAAUAUAAUUGAAUUGUUUGUUUUAGGAACUAAGAAACUAAGGUCAAGAUAAUAACUAAUAAGUUGUUGCAAUAUUAAAAAUAAAUUUAAUAAUUAAAAACAGUUGAAUUAUUGUCUAUGGACAAUCAGUAUAAAAUUGUUAUUCAUAUCUUUUGAAUUUGUAAACAAUAUGAAUAUGUUAUUCAUUGUCGAAUUAUGAGUAUCUAAAUGCCAGUCUUCAUUGAUUAAAUGUUAGUGCCUUUUGCUUUAAAAAAUGUUAAAUUGUCAUUCUAUGCUAAAUCCGUCCAUUUUACAGAUCUUACGGUACAACUGAGUCAAGCUUGAAAUAUUUACAAUGUAAAAGCUUUGUUUGUUAUUAAAGUAUUACAUAUCCUA